AUGCUGGUUCCAUUAGCACUUGUGAGUUUCUGUAUGAUGUGUCGUGCUACGACCAUCACAACAACGAUUUCUCCAUCGGAUGCGGCCGAAGUGGCUUAUAGCAUGGAUUCGGGUGUGAUUGAAGCCUUUCUGGAAGAUUUCGGCUCCAGAUACCAGGACUAUACUGCGUACAUGGACUCUGCCAACAUGGCAUUUCCAGGUACCCUGGUGGAGUUCUAUAUGGAGGCCCAACAGCAGACCACCGACACUGCCAAGUUGAGCUCUUUGCUUGCAAACGAUUUCCCAAUGUCUGACUUCAAGACAUACAUCUCGGCAUUCCCAUGGUACACCUCUUUGCUUGACCGGGCCGGCGAGUCGACUCUAUAUGGUACCGAGGACCUGGCUUCCAAGACUGUUGCGUUGGCACAACAGAGCGGUGGUCUUGAUCUGAAGGUGUUGCAGGCAUCUUCAACCUCAAAUGCGGGCUCUGGCUCCAGCAGUCAGGCCGACACAACCGUGUCCACGGCUUCGUCUGCAGGUGCAGCCACUCUUAUGAUUCCAGGCAUUGGACUUCUUCUGCUUGGUGUUUUCAUAUGA